GACUCUUAGCGCUAUGGGUGCUCUGUAAAUCUCAAAUCUCAGCAUCACUCACUUGGCGGCGUCAACCUCUCUACAGCACGUUGAGCGCUCCAGAUCUCGCCAUUAAAGAAUGCAACUGGCAUAAGACUACUCCAAAUAAAAUUGAAACAUCGGAUUAGCAACCACUUAGGUUGAUCUAGCGCUGAUACAGUAAGGACUAUGGUGGAAAGACAUGCGGCGAACGCAAGAGCACUGCGCUCUAAAAAAGGAUGCCCUGAGUGCAGAGCAAGGAAGAUCAAGUGCGAUGAAAAGGUUCCGCGAUGCACGCCGUGCGUCAAGACACAGCGAGUCUGCCAUCUGCAAGAUUCAGUCUUUAAACAACACAAAUCAACAGGUGAUAGCCCGCUGUCCAGUGGCGAAAGCCCAGCAUCACAAGUGUCAACGCACCAGGCGCAACAUACCUCUCCCACCAGGUGGCAGUCCUCUGCUCAUCAGUAUCCAAAGCUACACGCUGUACCACUACCAACUAGCCAAAAUAAUCCAAGAUUAGCGCCCGUGGAGUUGACGGGAAAGGACCUUCGAUGCACCCAAGAAGAGCUUUUUCUGCUUCGCCAUUACUGCUCCUAUUUGGCCCGAUGGAUGGACCAUCUGUAUCGCUUUGAGGUGUUCAGUCGGUCUGUGCUGGUGCUGGCCCGCGAGCACAAUAUGCUGAGAUUUGCCGCUUGCUCCGUUGCCGCGAAGCAACUCAGUCAGGUGAAUGGUGAACUUCCCAAAGCUGCAUACAGCGACACACAAGAGCGCAUUGCUGCCUCAAUCAAAAGCGGCCCAUAUGGCUUCGCUUGGUAUAGUGCAAAGUACUACGAGCUGGCCAUCCAGACCCUCACACGGUCCAUCUCCCGGAGUGAUGACCACAUCGUCAACCUAUCUGAUGGCGAGCUCAUGAUCCAUGCAGAUCAAGAGGACCCAAUUGUGCGAUUACUGGGGACCUGCAUGUUGAUUCAAUACGAACAUCUGGAUGCAAACAGACACGCAUGGUCGGGCCAUCUCACAGGGUUUUCUAAGUUGCUGGAGCUCAUUGACGGUGGAAGAAUUCUUCAAUCGCACCCUGAUUUUGAGCAGGUCUACCCAUGGACACGAGACAUUAUGAGUGUCAAGGCGUGUUUCUGGAACUUUAUCGUCAACGACCUCGAAGAGACCUUCAUUUCACGUCGGAGACCGCGCAUCGAUACAAAGAACCUAGCCCUCUGGCGCAACAUGGGCCUCUUUGUCGAAGACGACGGUGCAAUCAGCUUGUUAUCUGCCCGCCAGGCUCUGAUCACCUCAGCCGAGCACGCACAAGAGAAAGUCUUGACGUACACGCUGAUAUGGUAUCUAUACAAGCUAAUAGACUUGAUUGCCGUGCCCGAGACAGCAACCUCUGCCAUGACACCGCCGACGACAAACGCGCACGAUAGCGAGUUUACUUGGCUAGAGCAGCGAUUUGACGAAUGGUUUACCCUCCUUACACCGGCCUUUCACCCCGACGGCAAAUUCAAGGCAGCCGCCAGCGACGACUCGACGUCCAAGCAACGCGUCUACGAAAUGUGGUACUGCCAGGACCUCUCGGCCACGACGAUGCUCUACUACAACAUGGCGCGGAUCCUGCUACUCAUCCACCAGCCGCCCAACCGCCUUUUACAAUCAUCCUCUGACUUGUUGAAUGCCUUUCGCGAGGUGGAAAACAAGCUGUACGAGCACGGGUCGGAUAUCCUCGCCAUUGCGCGCGGCACGCUCUGCGAUGACGUCAAGUUGCGUGCCAUCCAACCCCUCUAUGUCGCUGGCCGCUGUUUAAAUGAUGACUGUGAUCGAGGCGCAGUGAUUGACUUGCUGGCGAGUAUUCAGGCUCGUCUUGGCGUGGCUACAAAGUAUAGAGCAGACGAUUUGGCGCGUGAAUGGGGGACGUCGAGUCAAAACGGCACGCCGCAGAGUUGAGGCUGUUCGAGUAUAUAGAUGUAAAGUAGAUAUGAAAUGCACCUUCUUGUGGAUCGAUCCGUCUUGCCU